AUGCUCCAUCCUGAAAUCCAGGCCAAGGCGCGCGCUGAACUCGAGGGUGUGAUUGGUCUCGACGAUAAUGGACAUAUACCUCGCCUCCCUGAUUUUGAAGAUCGGCCGAAGACGCCGUACCUUGAAUAUAUCCUCCUCGAGACAACCCGCUGGGCGCCCCUCUCCCCGUUGGGCGUUCCGCACGCCUCAACUAAUGCCGAUGAGUACAAGGGAUACUAUAUCCCUGCAGGAGCAACGGUCUUUGCGAAUGCGUACGCAAUGUCCCGAGACGAACGGUAUUAUUCCUCACCUGAAGAGUUCAAUCCAGACCGAUACAUCCCAGUCUCGGAAGGAGGCAGGGGCGAGCCACACCCCGAAGGUCCGUUUGGGUUUGGGAGGCGCGUGUGCCCAGGCCAGCAUCUUGCAAUGGCCGGGGUGUGGAUUUGUAUUGCGACGUUGUUGGCCACGAUGGAGUUGAAGUGUCCGGUCGAUGAAGAAGGGAAGGAAUUAAGGCCAACUGUGGGAUUCUCGGACGGGCUGAGUGGUGUUCCCGAUGCGUUUGGGUGUAGGAUGGUCGUUAGGGAGGAGGCAAUGGAGUUACUGGGUUUGUAA